ACUGACAUCUGACGUUUUCAGCGAUACAGCGUAGAAAGAAUGUUGACUCGAAAAAUAGUGAAUCAUAACAAAUCUUACAAGAUGAUUUUUAAAUAUUAAGCUAUUUGUAUAACUGCAGAGUUUAAAAUGUUUGUAUAAUCGAAGCACGUGAAACUGAAAAUAGUACACUGUGUAGAGAUGAAGUUCCAGUUCCUACGAAGGAGCCGUUUUCCACUGUUCGCGUUGCUGCUGCUCGCCUUCAUCAGUGUACCUGCGAACGGGGGCGACAUAAUCGAUAUUACGGAUCUGGUGUUCGGUUCGAUGACCGACACAAUCCCAGCCGCGUACGGCGAUUUCAAUUCCGAUGAACUGUUCGAUGUGUUCGUUCUGCGGAACAACUUCCGAACGGUGCAGAUCCUGUUCGGAAGUGAUGAUAAACCGUUGCUGCAGGAAGGGCCCAAGUGUGAAUACAAACGGUUCCAGAUAACCAGUGUGAUUCCGGGCGAUUUUGACGGUGAUGCCUACAUGGACGUAAUGUUUACGGUUAAACAUGAUGAAGAACAUCAGGCUGUUUACAUCAACUGGGGUGGCUCGGAAUACAUGAAUUGCACCCAGGAAGACGAAGAACCGUUGAUUGUGAUGCGUGGGCAGCCUCUUGCUCUUGACUACGACAGGGAUUUUAUCAUUGAUCUAUUUGGCGUUGAUAAGGAGGGUAGAAGGAUGUUUUGGAUCUUCAAGCAACCAAAAGAUGGCCAACGAAAACCUCCAGAUGUAAUCCAAAUGGAACCGCGCAUUCAUGAGGAGCUGAAAAUUCCCCACUCGCACGCGAUUAUUGAUCUGAAUAAAGACUUCACAGCAGAUCUGUUUCUUACGACCAACGGCGAUUACGAGGUGUGGAAUGGCACAACACCAAACGGUGGAUUUGUGUUUAGUCACAGAAUCAAAGCACCUGAAGGAAACCUAGGCGCACAUAUUGGCCAAUCAAUUUUUCUGGAUGUGGAAUUGGACGGAAAUUUGCUGCAGAUAGUUCCAGUAUGCUUCGACGCACAUUGUCACAAUUCUAGUAUACUGGUUUUUCAUGGAAAUCACUUCCAUGAUUUACACAUUGAUUUCAAAGAUGAUCACAACGAUUUGUGGGGCUUUGUGGUCCCAGAUCAGUCCAAUUGGACUACCCAAGCCAUAACACUUCGAGGAGGAGACUUCAAUCUGGACGGUUAUCCGGAUCUUUUGGCUACACUUGCGAAAUCGAAUCAGAUGCAAACGUUUUUGCUGGAGAAUGUUCUUUGCGAGAAAGUGGCCUGUGGUCACAUGAAGCGAACCUUUGUGGUGCGCUGGAAAGCUUUGGCACCGUUUGCCAACGGCACGAUAAUGGGUUCUUUCUACGAUUUCUACAACGAUGGCAUUCUGGAUGUGAUUCUUGUGGAGAAAACCUCAAAUUCAACUCGGUUGGUAGCGUUCCGAAACUCACUGGACUACGAUGCUAAUUUUGUUAAGGUAAUAGUACUAACCGGUCUGUCCAAUCGUACCGGACCAAAGAAACUGACACCGCUUGGCAGGAAGAAAAGAACUUACGGAACAAAUCUUCCCGGCCCUCGCAUUGAAUACAACACAACGACGCAGGACGGAGACCCACAGCACGGAGCUUCGGCCCAGCUGCCACAGUCGGCGUACUUUUCCUUACACCUUCCCUACACCACGUUCGGCCUCGGACGCACUCCGAACUUUGUGGACUCGCUGACAGUGGGCCUGUUUAAUAAUUCGCGCACCUGGACUCAGCUGAUUCCCAACUCACAGAUGAUUGUCGUACCUAAACCGAUCUUCGAGCCGGACAAGUGGAAGGCCCAGCUCUUCGUCACCCCCAGCAAGCUUAUUCUGAUGAGUGUUGUAGCCCUCGGUGGCAUCUGUCUGGUGAUAUUGCUUCUAAUACUGAUACUGUACGCUAAGGAAAAACGAGAGGACAGAAUACAGCGAUCGCUAGAGGCGCAUCGAUUCCAUUUUGAUGCUAUGUGAGACCGACCACGGUAGAAGGUCCUUCCGCAAAGGGGUACAUUUUGAGCAGUCGUUUGAUAUACCUUUUUUCUAUUAUAAACGGUAUUAUUUAUGCGUGUGGUUUAGCUCCUUUUUGAAUAAUUUAUUUUUACCGGAUGAAUGAAAUCGAAUAGUGAGAAAUGUUUAAACGAAGUUACUCUUCUUCGCACUAUUGAUAACCGAAUAAAAUAAAAAUCAGUUCCAAAUUAUGGUUAAUACAAGGAAA